AUGGAAGAGGAUGGCAACAGAAAAAUCACCCCCAUUGCUAUCAGUCAUGUAUUUGUGGAGUGCUACUCCAAGUUGUAUAACCUAAAAACUACCAGCAAUGCACACUCAGCUAGCAUAGAUAAAAUAGAUAGAUACUUGAGAUUGGCUAACCUCCCCCAGAUCAACCAGACUCAAGCAGCUGAACUGCUCAAGCCUAUAGAACUACAAGAAGUGCUGAAAGUGAUAGCAGGAUUGUCAGGGGGCAAAGUGACUGGCCUUACUAAUGCCUAUUACAAGCUAUAUGCCAUGGAGCUAGCUCCGCACCUCCUGAAGGUGUACCACUCAGCCUCUGAAUUGGGGAAGUUAUAG